UGAUCGAUUCCCUCUCAUUCACCUCGCCAGCUGCCUCGCCGCCGCCGCCGCCGCUGCUGCCUGGCCGACUUGAGUGUGCAUAGGACACGAGCGGGAGAAAGAAUACUUAGAGUGUGGCAGUGAGUGCAACACCCCCGACAGGAGCAUCGCAACUUGGGAAACGCAGCACCUGAGGCAGGGGACACCCACACACACACGCGCCAUGACCGCCUGGGGAGGGGUCGGGGCUGUGCUCUGCUGCCUGGCAUGUGUCUCCUCUCAGGGCGCACCAGCCUCAGACUAUCUCGAUGACAACUUCCUGUACGAGAUGAGGAGCCUUCUGGACAACCCCGAGUCCUGGCGGGGUGUGUCAGGGGGUGGCCACCCUCGCGCCAUGGAGCGCUGGGGGCCGGGGAUUCAGCUGGGGCAGGUGUCUGGGGUAUCUGUUGACCCUCAAGGCAGACCAGUCAUCGUCCACCGCGGCCCUCGCGUCUGGGACCAGAGGAUGUUCAACGCCACGCACCACUACCAGGGGGAGGAGGCGGCCAUCGGGGAGGACGUAGUGCUGGUACUGGACCCGGAGUCUGGGUCUGUGGUGCGGUCCUGGGGUGCCGGCCGCUUCCUGCUGCCCCACGGGGUGACGGUGGACCAGUGGGGCAACACCUGGCUCACGGACGUCGCCCUCCACCAGGUGUUGAAGUUCACUCCAGGCGGGGAUGAGCCGCAGCUGGCACUAGGAGAGGAGAGGAUUCCUGGCAGCGACAACACUCACUUCUGCAAGCCCACUAGCGUCGCCGUGGCCUCUUCCGGCGACUUCUUCGUGGCGGACGGCUACUGCAAUGCACGCGUGAUGAGGUUCGCUCCUGACGGCAUGCUGAAGGACACGUUUGGCCACCCUGCAGGCAGGGACGGGAGCCCCAGCGCCCUGUACGUGCCACACGGUCUGGCCCUGGACGAGACUCUGGAUGCCCUGUGUGUGGCGGACAGAGAGAACAGGCGUGUGGUGUGCGUGCGGGCUGGCGUGCGGGAACCCGAGGAGUUCGGCGAGCACCUGCGUACCCUACAGGACCCUUACCACGGCAGGGUGUUCGAUGUGGCCGCCAGCAACGGGGCGCUGGUGGGCGUCGGCGGCAGCGAGGGAGAGAGUGCCGCCAUGGGCUUCACCGCAGACCUUCGUGACGGACAGCUGAGAGACACGUGGCGGCCCUCCCGAGGCUUCCACAACCCGCACGCCGUGGCCCUCAGCAGGGAAGAGACGGCAAUCUACGUCGCCGAGAUUGGCCCCAACCGAAUAUGGAAGUUCAUCGUAGACAAUAACGGCAAGGGAACCCGGCCCAUGUACUGAAAACACCGCUCACUGCAACUCCCGUGUGCCCGGCCUCGUCCUGCCUCCCACGGCCUCAGGAUGUCCAUUCAGGCUUUGUUUCUAAUGGUUCGGAUAAGGGACUGAUUUGAGUGAGCUCCAAAUCUGGUUCAUUUCGCUCAAAACCCAUAAAACAAGUCGACAGACAAGUCAAAUUACGUUUUAAAAAGACUGACUGACUCUUACUUUGCCGCAAGCAUUUUUUUUUUUUUUUAAUUAUGACAGUGACACUUUCUCUUCCUGCUCACUUGAUUACUGUCAGUGUCAAAGAAGAGGCCGGCAAGACACCACAACGUGAUGCCUUGCCGGCCACUGCUGUGUUUACAUUAUCACAUAUUAAGUGUUUUUUUCGUGAUCUUUCCCAUAACAAUGUAAUCACCAUCCAUCAAUAUAUUCUAUUACAUGACUCCUCCUGUGAGUCGCGUCACCGGUACAGCAUCAUCGUGCAGGUUGUUCCACACCAGAAAAGAAACAAAGAAAAAAACCGCUGAUGUAGCGUGCCGAUGUGAGGUGAGGGCUGGAACGUGUUAAUCAACAUCGGGUAGGUGGACUGAAGCGUAGUGGAUGCAUGACUGGUGAAGCGUGGCUGCACGUCGUAUGUAGCCUUUCAAGUCUUGUGGGAGAAUUUCUCUUUUCAUAUUUUGCCACUCGUGCGACACUUCUCAACUAACCCAUCUUAAUUACAUUCCCUUGAUAUAUUCAUAUUGUGUAUUUAAAGCGACACCGCACUCAUUUCAAGCCAUGCAGGCACACGCAUCAUUCUAUCGAACACACUCGUGCGAUGUUCACAACUCGGCUACAAUUGUUAGAUAGAUACCUUUGUUGACUUGCUUUUUCCCUCUAUAUGAGCAUAGUACUGACGGUGACACAGCACUUUCCUCAGACCAGACAGACGCAUCACUAUUUUUUUUUUUUUUUUUUUUUUAGUGAACACAGGUCAUAGAGGAGACCACAACCAUAUCGAUGUCUAUAGUAGUGACAGAUAGGAGAGGUGACCUUGCAGCCCGGCAGGAGGGGAUGGAAGGCUGACAAGCCUACCCCGUGUGUAUGUGUGUGUGUGUGUAUACUACAAUGGUCUUCGCCACUCGUUGAGAAUUAAACAAAUAUUGUGUCCGUAUGUGGCUGAUAUCUUGUUUCUUCUCUUAUUCUUAUGGUGAAACAUUAGGCAAAUGAAAGAGAGAGAGAGAGAGAGAGA